AUGGCAGGUAAUAAAAUUGCCCGAACCCGUGGACAGAUUAGUAAGCGUUCAAAACAUAGACAACUACCAAACCUACAGCGGGUCCGUGUUCAAACGGAAAGCGGGAGUCAGCGAGUCCGUGUAUGCGUACGAUGUCUCCGUACCGGGAAAGUUAUAAAAUCGAUUUCUGGUGGGGCACAAGUUGCCUAUGGCAAUUGA